AUGGUCGUGUUCUUCUUCUUGCUUCUGUUCCCGGCUCUUCUGUCGCCAGGCCAAGUCCUGCAGACUGCUUUGAUGGGUACUCCAGCGAUCUCGAUAACAUUCACACCGGUACUGGAUGGAACCCAGACACCUCGUCUGAAUGUUGCUCUCCUGCUACAUACGCCAGUCACGUCGCCGAACAAUUUCCUGAUCGAACUACCCAUUGCGAUCGGCAAUGUGCCUACACAAGCAUACAACACCACCAACCCGAUCCUGGCUGAGGAUGACCUUGGCAAUCUCGAGCUCAUGUUCAAAGACGAUCCAGAACGUCAACUUCGUCGAUGGCAUGCAACACGCCCAAUUACCGGCAACGUCAGACUGGCAUUCGUAGCGAUCCCUCGAGUCGUGGACAACGACACGCCCAUAGGACCUCGACUUGAUCUACGUGCUUUUGGUAACGGCCUUCUCGGUGCCGGAUUGUCUGUACUACCUCUUCCACCGGACGUAGACAGCACCUACCGCAUCGGACUAUGCUGGGACCUUAGCCACACCGCACGCAAGACGAUCUUCGCCUCAUCCUUCGGCGAGAACGACUGCGAAGAGCUCAACGACAAACUUCAAGCACUGCAAAUGCUAGUCUUUGCUGUUGGUAACAGUCUCCAGCGCCAUCCAGCCAAGAGCACAAGUCCAGACUUCGCCCUCUUUUACUUCCGCCAAUCGGGUCAUAUCGUUCCCUUCGAUGUCCCGACCUUAUCACACUACAUCCGCAGCCUUCAUACCCAUUUCUCAGCCUUCUUCACGCCUUCAAUAAGGGAACCAUACCAUGUGUUCCUUCGCCCUUCGCCUCGAGCUUUUGGAGGUGCCGGCUUUAAACGAGGCUUCAUGCUCGAGUACCACGAGAAAGUCGACGUGACCACCUUAGAGCUUCAAGAUCUGCUAGCCCAUGAGAUCGUACACAAUUGGCCAAUAAUGGAUUUCAGCCAGAACGAAUCGCUCUCUGCUAUAGAUGCCAAAGCAGAGAAUACGUGGUUCAAUGAAGGCAUCGCUACGUACUAUGCGACCUUCCUACCUUUCCGCCUUGGGCUGGAGAGCAGGGAAGACUUCGUGGCGAAAGUGAAUCGUGCUCUUCAGGCGUACUACACCAGUCCAGCUCGUCACCUCAGCAAUGUAGAGGCGGCGAAAGUGAUGUGGGCGAACGCUGAUGCCCAGAGGUUGCCUUAUUUUCGAAGUACAGUAUACUUCAUCCGACUAGCGUAUCUCCUACACGAGGAGCGUGCAGUCUCCGGAAGGGGAGCAACUCUAGAUGGCCUCGUUCGAAAGCUGCUGGAUCGUCGUCGACAUGGCCUUCAACAUGACUUGACCAUAUGGCAGAGUCUCGUAAGCCAUGAGCUAGGAGCUGGCAUUGCACAGCAAGAAUACGCCGCAAUGACGUCCGGUGGACCAGACAUGCUAGUCCCACAAGCACGCAGCCUAGAGUAUGUUGAUCUACAGCUCGGGGCCAAACAGCAAGAAGAGCUCCAGCUAGGCUUCGCCACAUCGUCCUUCAACAGCCACAUCAUCACAGAUCUCCUCCCUGACUCUCGAGCACAAGAAGCCCGCAUCCGGGAGGGCGACCAGAUCGUGGAGGCAAAGACGAUGUACUGGCAAGUAGCGGAUGACCUCGGUCGAAACAUGACUCUGCUACUUCGCCAUACGGGUCAUGCCGACGUCUUCAAUAUCAGCUACUGGCCACGUGCAAAGCAGAAGCUCCAGAGCUGGCAGGUCCUUGAUCGGAAACCAACGUGA